AUUAGGGUAGGUAGGGAAAUCAGAAGCAGAUUUUUUUUUGGGGGGGGGGCCUUGCUGUCUGCCUUUUAUUGGGCAUGAAGAAGAGUUGAAGCAAAUGUGACUUUUAAGAAUUUCAGUAUUAAUCUAAAAAGGUGUACGAAACCUAUGAAGAGAAUUCAGAAAAAGACCCCAAAAAGGGGGGAAACUUUAACCGAAACAGCUAAAAAUAAAAUACCUUAAGUUAGGCCUAGUAUCACUACAUCAUACGUGCACGCUUCUAAAGGCGCAUUUCAUGAAUUGCAACACAGUACAUGUAGGCCUAUGUUUUUCACCCUCAAAUGGUAUGGUGGGUCCAUGGAUCUGUAUAUCAUUGGACGUGUAAACUUGUACCUUGAAACAUUUGAGGGCAACUGUUCCAUCAUCCAUUGAUAUUAAGACUAAUCAUGAGAUUUUUUUUUACACUAGUGUCGUUUUUAGGCCUUACCGUCAUUCCUUUGAAAAGGUUAACUUGAAGAUGCCUAGAAGACUGAGAAAGACACUCCGUGCAGUAUUCUACCGCAAAAAGGAGAAAAGAUGUGCAGCCCCUGGGUCAUCAGCAGCACCUGGGUCUACAGCAGCCCCUGGGCCAUCAGCAGCCCCUGUGUCUUCAACAGCCCCUGGGCCAUCAGCCCCUGGGUCAUCAGCAGUCCCUGGGUCUUCAGCCCCUGGAUCAUCAACAGCCUCUGGGCCAUCAGCCCCUGGGUCAUCAGCAGUCCCUGGGUCUUCAGCCCCUGGAUCAUCAACAGCCUCUGGGCCAUCAGCCCCUGUGACUUCAACAGCCCCUGGGCCAUCAGCAGCCCCUGUGUCUUCAACAGCCUCUGGGCCAUCAGCCCCUGGGUCAUCAGCAGUCCCUGGGCCAUCAGCCCCUGGAUCAUCAACAGCCCCUGGGUCUUCAGCAUCCCCUGGGCUAUCAGCAGCCCCUGGGUCUUCAGCAUCCCCUGGGCCAUCAGCAGCCCCUGGAUCAUCAGCAGCCCCUGGGUCAUCAGCAGUCCCUGAGUCUUUAGCAGCCCCUGGGUCAUCAUCAGUCCCUGAGUCUUUAGCAGCCCCUGGGUCAUCAGCAGCCCCUGGGCUACAAGUAUCCCCUUCAUCACCAGCAUCCCUUGGGUCACCAGCAGCCCCUGGAACACCAGUAUCCCGUCCGUCUAUGGUAGCCCCUGAGUUACCAGUAUCCCCUUCAUCACUGGCAUCCUGUGGGUCUCCAUUAGCAACUCCAUCACUGGCAGUCCCAUCACAAGCAUCCUCUUCAUCACCAGAAGCCACUCAUGGAUUGGCAGCCACUCCAUCACAGAAAGCCCUUCCUACUGGUACACUGGCAGCCCCUUUGUCACAGACAGCCCCACCGUCACAGGCAAGCCCGCCAUCACCAGCGGCCGCUCAGUCACCUCCCGCCCCUCCGUCACCGGCAGCACCUCUGUCGCCAGCAGUGCCUCUCUCAUCAGGAGAUGCUCCCAAGCCCGUCAUGCCGGAGAUUGUCUACCAUCCUCAUCUUGGCUGCAGGAUGUAUAGCCGCAGAGAUAUCAAGCCUGCUGUGGUCGGCCGCUUUGGACAAUCCCGUGGAAUGGUGGGCGAGGGAGCAUUUGCUCAGGUGACUGCAGUACGUUUACCUGAUAACACUGUAGCUGCAGCCAAGGUUCUGCAGGCACAUGAUUCGGAGGGACCACUCUGGCAAGAGAUAAUAGCUGUGGCAGCCGUGGGAGAGCAUCCCUCAUUCCCCAUGCUACAUGGUGUGGUGGAGCAGAAGCCCCUCCGGACGAUGCUGUAUGAGUUUGUUGGCGAUAAGAACACCUUGUCUGUCACAACGCUACAGGACGCCCUGGACUGGACUGGUACUCCAUCUGCGCUCUCCCGUAAGACCUGGCUGCGUAUUGUGCGGAAUGUGUGUGAGGGCUUGCUUCACAUGCAUAACGUCGAUUAUAUCCACUGCGACAUCAAAGCAGACAACAUCUUGCUGUUUGAUGUCAAUGAUGGGAAAAAGACCAGACGGUAUGCCAAGAUCAUUGAUCUUGGCAAUGCUUGUCUUGAAGUUGCCGGUCCCUGGCUCCGUAUCCCAGAGCGUCUGAUCAAUCAGAUGUACCUGGAGUGUCCCCAGAUGGCUCCAGAGGUUAUGGAGGGGGACUCGCCCUUCAACAAGCCGGCCGAAGUCUACGCGCUGGGCGACCUGCUAAUUAAGAUCGGAAAGGCAGCUGGGAUUCGACGACUGCGACGUGUUGGCAAAAAAUGCCAGCACGCCGACUUCAGAAAGCGGCCCACAAUGGCAGGAAUAUGUAAGAAGAUGUCCAAACACUGGAAGUAAACAUUUGAAUGUAGGGUGAGGACUUGGAAACAUGAUACUGGUAGUUAAAGCAACCUUCCUAGAACAGCUCAGUGUCUGUGCCUCGAGAGUACCUUGCCCUUUCCAGUGUUUGUGCUCAUCAUGCAGCUUGCGAGUUUGGUGAAAAACAUUAGCUAAUUUAAUGCUCAAAUGUGGUCACACUACUCAACAAAGUUCAAAUGUAUCAGUGUCUGUUGCCAAUGACCACAUCUCGUUUUACCAAACUGUCCCUAGCGAGUACAUUUCUUACAUUAAUCCGUCCAUUAGAACAUCCGGCCCAGUCAUUGUUUCAAGAGCCCAUCCUUGCCUUUCUAGUUGCAGGUCUAUUUGAACAGUUUGCAGUGUCUUCUUGUCUGAUACACAUCCAGUAGGAAGAAAAAGCUCCAUAACAGUUGCCACCAUGAAACAAACUCCCAACAAGCAGCAAAAUCCCAACAAGUAGCAAAAUCCCAACAAGAAGCAAAAUCCGGAAAGCAAUAUACUCCAAUAAAAAUUCCCUUCCUUUCAUAAAUUUAUCAAUGAGCAGUUUUAGAGUUGGCCAGUGAAGUAAACAACUCAAAUUUAAAAACAUUUUUGGGACAUCAGAUAAGAAAUCUGUCAUAUCAUCAAACAUGCUUAGCUGAAGAUCCAUAUCCUAUGCCAUAAAAUAGUCCAUCCUAAGUGGAAAAAUUGAAUAAAGCACCCAAUUGUGUGAUAUUUUUUUAAUAGGAGAGGAGAAAAGCAACAAUGAUAACAGGCACAAUUUCUUUUAACAUUAAAAUGCUGCAACUUAUAUUUAGCAACCCACGUAUUUCAUUUGUGUUAUAUCUCAUCACUAACUUUGUCGCUGAGGUUUGCAAAAGUAAUUUUGGUACAUCUGUCACAAAAGAAUCCAAUGGAUGUAUAAUAAAAAAAAAAUGUAAGUUAAUCAUCAGCAAUUUCGCAGAAAAAAAGUCCAAAAAGAUGCAGUAGUAGCUUGCAACUUAACUCGCAUGCAAUCAUUUCGAAGUGGUACAUCACGCUUCCAUUUGUUGUUUUUAAGCUCUGGCAGGAGCUUCUACCUGUCAGUCGGUUGGUCUGUCCCUGGAAACUUGACCAAAAACGGGCUCAUAAGUUUCCCAUAAAACAUAACUACCAAUUGACCAGAAAUUGACCAAAUGCAAUGCCGUCGUCAGUAAAUGCACUCUUGGCGAAAGUUUUUCGGCAUUCUGGAACCGGGCCAGAGCUUAUUGUGCACUCACGCUUGUUUAAUUAGAAUGGAUAAAAUAUGAAAACUUUAUUAAAACUGGAAAUUAAAUUUUUUUGAAGCCCUUUUGGCUCUGCAAAUUGUGUCGGAUAUAUUUGACUUUUUAUAAGUAACAGGUGAGUUUGAAAUAAAAAAAUAAAUAAAAAGUAUCUGCA